AUGGUCAUGAUUGGUACUCUGUCCACGGACGGAGAUUCACGAAAAGUCAGUCAUAAGAUUGAAAAACAAAUUGAGGCUCAACAUUUAAAAAAUCGCAAAACAUACAAAAUUCUGUUAUUAGGUGCUUCUGAUAGCGGAAAAAGUACUGUAAGCAAACAAAUUAAAAUUUUAAACGCAAAUGGUUUUAACCAGGAAGAAAUCAUGUCAUUUAUUCCUGUUGUCCGGCGGAAUUUACUGGAUUCGGCAAAAAUGCUCAUGAGGUUCGUUGGGAACGAAGAGGUUCCCUUAGAUCCAUUAAACAUUCAUAAUUGUGAAAUCGUUGAACGAUUUAUUCCCAAUCCCGGUGAGCUUGUCUCUACGGUUUUCGGAAAAGCCAUUUUCGACCUAUGGUCCGUCAGCAAUAUCCGAAGGUGCAUGUAUAGAAACGAUUCUGUUCUUAUUGAUUCUGCUCCUUACUUCUUUCAACGUGCAAAUGACAUCUGUAGUCCAGACUACGUACCGUCCAUCGAUGACAUUUUGCAUUCCCGAAAUUCCACAAUGGGGAUCUCUGAAAUUUCUUUUUCCUUAAACCAUUUACAAAUCCGUAUGUUCGACGUCGGUGGACAACGGACCGAGCGGAGGAAAUGGAUUUACUGCUUUGAAAACGUCAAUUCUAUUAUUUUUUGUGUUUCCCUCAAUGAUUUCGAUAAAAAGCUCUAUGAACGAAAUGUCGCUGACCGGAACCGGUUGCUUGAAAGUGUUGCUCUUUUUGAUUCCAUUAUCAAUAGCCAAUGGUUUGUUGAGUCUUCCAUCAUUCUCUUUUUAAAUAAGUUUGAUUUGUUUCGAAAAAAGUUGGAAUAUGUUUCAUUUACCGACCAUUUCCCUCAAUACUCUGGCAAAACCAAUGUGAAAGGCGUUACAAAGUUUAUUCUUUGGAUGUUUGUGAAUCCCAGCGUCAACCGACUUAGGCAUAAUAUUUACCCUCACAUAACUACUGCCGUUGACACUUCCAAUAUUAAAGUUGUUUUUGCUGCUGUAACAGAAACAAUUUUACAACAUAGCUUGAAGGAAGUCGGAAUGUUCUAG